UUUGUAGUCAGAAGGCGAGGAGGAAAAGUGCUUCAUUGUCUAAAGAAUCCCGUUUUAAGUUUUGGUCUUCAUCGUCAACUUGACUCCUGGAAAUCACUAAUCUAAAACCUGCCGUAUCUCCUGUAUAAUUCUGACAUUCCUUUAGGGUAAUAGGAUGGAGAGACCUUUUUUGGUUUUCUUUUUAAUCACAUUCGUGGUUCUGUUGCAUGUGGUGACUAGCUACAAUGAAAUGUCAGAAAAGAAGGCCAGACCUGAACUGAACAUGGCACAUGGCUCCCUUGAUGAUCAGUAUGAUGGCUGCUUGGCAAGUAUGAAGCGCCACUUGCCCUCUCUCUUUCGAAGUGAGCUGAAUGCCUCUACACUGUAUAGUGAAGCUUGGGCGACAGCCCUAUUUGCGUGGCAAGAAAAUAGGACAUGGAUGUAUCCAAGGAAUUUAGAAGAACUCUCUGAGGUGGCUCUCUAUGCAUAUACUCUAGGAUUCCCUUCACUCUAUCAGGAGUUUAAUUCUGCCACCCGCACAGCCGUAAAAGGUCCAGAGGAAUAUGCUGCCUACCCCUUCAAAUCUCUCCAUUUUCUUUUAACCUGGGCAACCAGAUUUUUUGGGAAGAAAUUCACUUGUCAGCAAGUCUACAGGGGCACUGGUGUGAAAUUUUCUGUUGGCCGCUACUUCCGGUUUGGGCAGUUCACCUCCACAUCAGAGGAUCCAGAAAUAGCCCAGUUCUUUCAGACAGUAACUUUCUUCAAGUUGAUCACCUGCAAGGGGAUUGAGAUCAGCGAGAUGUCCUUUUUCCAACAUGAGCAGGAAGUCUUAGUCCCUCCUUAUGAGGUGUUCAAAGUCACGUCAGUGGAAAAAAACCCAACAAACAAGACGAUCAUUGCCGUUUCAGUGGGAACCUGCAGCGACCACAACUGUAUUUUUGUGGGGGAAGGUUUGAAGCAUGCCAAGAGUUGCCAAGACCAUCAAGUGUUGUAUUUGUGAGGCUUGGUCUUGCCAGUAUCUCCAGAAUGCAGCCUAUCAAGAUUAAUGCUUCACAAGAAUCUCUGUAAAAUUUCCAUUUUCUUUAUUUCUAUAUCAGCCUCUAAGGCUGAUCCCAAAUGUUCCUGUUAAAGUAAUUCUUUUUCUUUCUUUCUGGGAGACAAACUGGUGGGAGUAGGAAGAUAAGACUCCAAUACACAUUUAUGCUUAUGAUUGCCAAAGGCAGAUUGCCUUAUUCCUUUAUUUUGGUUUUUUAAAAAUAGCUGAAAGUCAUUGUUUAUCCCCUUCAAAUCUCCCUCCACUCUAGUCGGUUUGUCCAGUGCUUGGGAAUGAUGAGAGUCGUAGCCCAACAAUUUCUGGAGGGUUAUAGGUCCCUCUCCCCAACUGGUUAAAUAUUAGGCAAAACAAGGCAAGAUGCAAGAUUCAUCUUCCUAAAGCUGUGCACCAGAAAAUCAAUGGGCCAUCUCAGAUGAACAUCCUGCAAACACAAAGUAAAGGAACGUGUUUCAAUUUAACUUUGAAGGACCAAGUUCAAAAUACUUUUAAAAACCUGAUCUAUUUAAGAUUUCUUUUACUGUUUUGUAUAGAACAGAGAUAUUUUUUCUUAGUUAUUCCAUCUUCUGAUAUCAGCACAUAAUAAAAAUGCUUCUUGAAAGCAAA